AUGGAAAAUAAAAAAUCAUCAAUUGAUACGGAUUUACAAAUGACAAAACCAUUUGAUAUUGUUUCAAUAUGUUUACCAGUAUCCAAAAAACUUUUACAUCACUCAUAUACUGAAACAACAACUACAGAAAUAAAUAAUAAUAUAAUUUGUGCAGUUUGUGGAGAUAUUUCAAAUGGUAAACAUUAUGGAAUAUUAUCAUGUAAUGGUUGUAGUGGUUUUUUCAAACGAAGUAUUCGACGAAAAUUACUUUAUCAAUGUCAAACAAAGAGAGGUAAUUGUACUAUUGAUAAAAUUCAUCGUAAUCAAUGUCAAGCAUGUCGAUUUAAAAAAUGUUUACAAAUGGGAAUGUUAAAAGAAGCUGUACAAAGUGAACGUCAACGACGUAAUAAUGUUCAUUCAAUUGAUUAUCAUGAUAAAUAUAUUGAAAGAACAAUGGAUCAUUGCUCUUCUCGACAAACAAAUGAUUUAGUUAAUCAUAUCGAUGAUAUUGUUUAUACAACAUCAUCUCAAAUUCUUUUGAUGAUUAUCAAAUGGAUACGUAAUUUACCAACAUUUUCAAAUUUAUCUAUACAUGAUCAGUCAAUUUUAAUAGAAGAAUCUUGGUCAGAAUUAUUUCUUCUCUGGGCAAUACAAUGUUCUAUUUCAUUAGAUAAUGGAGGUCAUAGUGAGAAUGAUAAAUUAAUAAAUAAUAUUUUUCAAAUAUUUAAACAAUUAAAACUUGAUCCUAUUGAAUAUGCUUGUUUAAAAGCAAUUAUUCUAUUUCGAUUUGAUAUUCGAACAUUGAAUGAUGUUAAGCAAAUUGAAUAUUUACAAGAUCAAGCACAAAUAACAUUAGCUCAAUUUACACAAAUUUAUAAUCCAACACGUUUCGGUCGAUUACUUUUAACAUUACCAUUAUUUCGUAAUAUUUCAUCAAAAUUCAUUGAAAAAACAUAUUUUUCUCAUACAAUUGGUAAUACAUCGAUAUCAAAAUUACUUUUACAUAUGUUCAAGAAUUAA